UACUUUUCCUAGUGUGUGAUUAUACAGCCAUGUCGAGUUUACACUGGAAAAUAACGUUUGUGAUAAUUGUAGCUUGCAGGAUAUAUUCAGCGGUGGAAGAAAUCCCUAAGUCUGUCUUAACCCCUGGUGGCGUGGUUCCGGUUAUACGUGGAAGCAACCUGACACUCACCUGCUCGAAUGCCGCGGCUGGAACUGCUUUACAUUGCAAUUGGUAUUCUAAGGUUAAAGAAGGCCCCUAUUCUCUCAAAGUAUGGAUAAAUCUGGAAAAUUGUUCAAAAAUUUACGGAAACGAAACAUUAUACGGUUUCGAAUGUCUCGGCAACAAUGUGUUCAUAUUAACCAUCUACAACGUUCAGAACGGUAGUGACGGAGAUUAUUGGAAGUGCGACCAGGUUUUCGAAAAUACAAACACUGACAGCGAACCUAUACGUUUAGAUGUGAAAGGUGUGAGAAAUUCUUGCCCUGUCGAAGCACCAAGGUAUUUCCAACGACCAGGAAGCGAAGUGCAGUUGCAGUUGACAACAUCUUUAAAGAAGAUUGGUCUCGGAAGUUAUCAGAUUAUAAAAGGAGGGACGCUUUACGUUACAAUAUCCACAUAUGAUGGGAGUAUAGUAGAUCCCACAGAAGAAAUGUGCGCUCCUAUAAAUUGUAGAUACUCUGGGAAAACAUCUUCAGGAAAUUUUUCUAUAUCACUCGAAGACGUGAAUGUGAAAGAUACGGGCAUUUAUCAUUUAAUUGAAAAUGUCGAAGACGAUAUUAAAGCCUGCGCAACACUAUACAUUUUAGGUGCUCCAGAAAAACCAUCCAUUGCGGUUCCUAAAAACGUCUCAGCUGGUGAUAAUAUCACAAUCUCCUGUCACAGCAAAUCUACGACGGUACCUGGCAACCAUGAGCUUUCCUUACUUUACAACUGGUAUAUCAAUGGUCAGAAAAAUCCCAACAACACACGAUAUGUGUUUUCAUUAUCAAAAGAAAAACUUGCAAUUGUUGGUAUUCGAAAGGAAGAUGCUGAGCUAACGUUUCACUGUUAUGCGACAGAGAACAUAACCUACGGUUUGGAAUCACCUGGGAGUUUGACCUCUCGGUUCACUGUUAUACAUGGGCCUCAAAUUCCUGACAUCAGUGUUCCAUCUGAAUUUACCGUAAUAGAAGGACAUCGAUCUAUAUACAUAGAAUGCAAGUCAGACUGCUGGCCUGACUGUACUUACAAGUGGAUAAAUAGCUCCAGUAAUUAUUAUUUUGCUGCAAAUGGAACACUAUCGUUCCAUACGGUUACAAGAUAUUUAAUUACACAUGGAAAUUACACAUGCGUGUCUACGAACAUGGUAACAGGAAAUAGGAAAGAAUCUACAAUAUACGUACUGGUUCAGUACGCACCUGAUGUCGAAGUGAUCGCCAGCAAUGCAACAUCGAGGGACAUUCAAACACAACUUCGAUGCUCAGCACAUGGGAAUCCAGAUUUAUAUACUUACAAAUGGCAGCAAAAUUGGCCCAAUUCAAUACUUACAAGGAACUGGAAAACAAGCGGUGACUCCAUACUAAAUCUAACUGAUCUGAGUUACGAGCACAGCGGAGUUUUCACAUGUUUUGCCAGCAAUGGAGUACCUCAUUUUCCAGACAUGAAUACAUAUCGUUCAUCAUCCACGUAUAUGUUCGUGAAAGAUGUUCCAGUGGUCGUUCUUCCAAAAAAAACUAAGAAGGGGAGAUAUGUUUUAUUUUCAAACUUGAAAGAGCCAGUGGAGUUAAACAUUACAGUGUUUUCCAACAAUGGUUUGAUUUCAACGAACAUUUCCAGAAUUCCUGAUAAUAUUAAAAACACAACUUUAAUUCGGACCAUCGACGUAAUCAUCCAGCUACCUGUUUUUGGAGCAACGGUCCCAGCAAAAGGAUGGUUGAUAUUCAUUACUUUUUUCUUAGAAGAUACCAAUGAUCUUACUGCAUACGACGUGAUAUUCACAAACGAGAUUGGAUCCGUUUCGUUUGCUGUUGAAAUUAAACAAAAAGAAACCUCAGAGUCAAGUGUCGGUCCACUUAUUGGAGGAGUAACUGGAGGUGUAUUCGCUCUUGUUAUUGUUCUUGUUGCGAUCAUCAUUUCUACUAGACAUAAACAUUCUAUAAACUGUCAUCGCAAAUCAAAGUUGAAUUCGAGAAAUGUCAAACAAGAAAAUUCUACGACAAGGGAUGAAGUGCCUGUGGAAGCAGAUCAUUUUUACGAUCAAGUUGGGACAGCUAUGGAACGACCAGAAUAUACAGAACUAAAGAAGGAUGAUAUUGGACAGGUAAACGCUUAUGAUGAAUUGAAACCAAGAGAGGUGAACGGGGAAUACGAAAAUGCUGUGACCAUAACACAAACUGGCAUUCAUUUCUACAACAACUAAACUUCACAGACAAAAAAUAUUGCGUCUUUUGCACCAGUUGCGAAACGUGCUACAAUGCAAUGACCUUAUUCAAGGCAUCAGAGAGUGAUUUCAGCUGUGUAUUGUGCCUCAUUUAAAUGUUCUACUAAGUUGCAUAGUUUGAUUAUCAAAGUUUCAUUUGGUCUAUAUUGUUAAUACCAACAAGGGACUAAGCAACUGAUAUAAAACACGACGACGGUGCUAAAUGUGCAGAAAUACAAUUUAAAUAAUUGCACAAAGGAGUUUAAACAUUGAAAACAGGUGGACGUCUAGUUAAAUCCAAAAACAUCAUUUGAAGAACUUUCUAUUAAAUUUGUGAAACAAAGAACACUAAAUCGGUUAUCAAAAGAGGCGCCUUAUCAUAGAAGUUUUAAAUAUUAACGUGUGUGAAUUAUUAUUUUUGUUUUUACUUUUUACCAGUAGAUGGAACACUUAUCGUGUAAUAAAUUGAUGUUUCUUUCAGCGAAUGGCUAAUUAGCUACUUGGACACAUGCAUGUGUAUUGCCGGAUUACAACCAAUAUAUUUGGUUACCUGUCAAGCUUAGGCGACGUAUAUAUGAGGACACGACACAAUUUCGACUCUCCUUUAGCGAACAAGUCAAACAAAUAAUGUAAUAGCAACUUCUUGAACGGUGGUCAUAUGCAUAAUAUAUAUUCCUGCUAUCCAUAGUGUAAGUCACUUUCAUGAAUGAAAGCCAAUUUGAUUUUAAAAAGAAAGAAAUUCACGGGUCGUUAAUUUUAUUAUCAUUAUCGACCUGGACUGCGUAACAAUAAUUCCUUAAAACCCUUAACAAAAAUAAAUGUAUUAGUAUCUAUAGAAUGAUGUUCAAUUAUAACAGAUGUUGGAGUACGUUCAUCAAUUAAAUACUCUUCUUAUGUUGCACUAGGUUGAAUGUAUAGACCAAUUGAAGUUGACGAUUUUUUAAUUGUACACACGGCAAACAUAAUAUAUUUAAAUCAUAUAAGUGUAUCACUCGUGGUGCAAACAAAAAUAAGUUCAUAUCUAGUGACACUGGAAAUGUAUUUUCUAUAUUGGAAUAAAGAA